AUGGAAGGAGAUAAAUCUUGUUCAAGUUUGUUUCAAAGGUGCAAGCCAUACAUAGCUAUGAUUUGUCUUCAAUUUGGUUUUGCUGGUAUGAAUAUAAUAACAAAAGUAUCGCUCAACCGAGGAAUGAGUCACUAUGUUCUUGUUGUUUAUAGACAUGCUUUUGCUACAGCAGCUAUUGCUCCAUUCGCUAUAGUUCUUGAGAGGAAGAUAAGGCCAAGGAUUACGUUUCUUAUGUUCAUGCAAAUGUUUGUAUUGGGACUCCUUGGGCCUGUGAUUGAUCAGAAUCUAUACUAUGCUGGGUUGAAAUUCACAUCUCCAACAUACUCUUGUGCUAUUAGCAAUAUUCUCCCUGCAAUGAUUUUUUGUAAUGGCUGUUAUUUUCAGAUUAAAGGUUCAAUCCUUCUCAUAAUUGCUACCUUUGCUUGGUCUUCUUUCUUCAUCCUCCAGGCAGUGACAUUAAGACAAUAUUCAGCACAACUUUCACUGACAGCCAUAAACAUUGGUUUGGACAUGAAUUUAUUAGCUGCAGCCUAUGCUGGUAUAAUAUCAUCAGGUCUUACAUAUUAUGUACAAGGAAUUGUGAUGCAAAAGAAAGGACCAGUUUUUGUGACUGCUUUUAGUCCUUUGAUGAUGAUCAUUGUAGCAAUCAUGGCCACUUUCAUCCUUGCUGAAAAAUUAUAUCUUGAAGGUGUUAUUGGAGCAAUUUUGAUCGUAAUAGGACUUUACUCCGUUCUAUGGGGCAAAAACAAAGAAAACAAAGAGAUUGAAGCGGAAACAAAAACAGAAAGAACGGAGUGUUGUGUAAAAAUUUGGAGGUUGGUUAUGUUAAGGGGAAUUGGGUCUUCUUUUAGGAUGAGUGUAUAUAUCAGUAUACUGAUUAUUUAG